CGUCAGAAGUGUUGGCAUUGAUUGCAAUGUUUUGAAAUGAUUUGAAUGUAAAUAAAGGUUUGAAAACGCAAUGAAAGCCCGAAAACGCUUUCUUUUGCUUUUCGUCGCGUUUCUGGCGUUCAUUCACUUCGGCGUCAAUCGGAUGCGACGGACCGACGACACCACAGACGACGUUACGAACGACACACUCCUCGCACACGACAACCAUUACUACGACUUCGAGCGGACUUUCGGCCGAAAAGCCGCCGAAUCGGCGCCCAAUCGGAGGACCGGAAACGAGUGUCGGAUGAGUUCGUGCUUCGACUUCACGCGAUGUCGCGAUUCGCCGCAAAACGGCCUCAAAAUCCAUUUAUACCCCGAUUUCGGCCACAAAUUGAGUCCGAGUUUCGCCAAAAUCGUCGAAAUCAUCAAAACCUCGAAAUACUACGAAAGCGAUCCAAACAAAGCGUGUCUCUUCGUGACCACCGUCUGGGACACCGUCGACAGGGAUCCGCUCUCUCAGGACUUCCAGGUGAAGACCGCGUUUGCAAAACAAAGCCUUUCCUCUAACGCUUUCCCUUAG